AUGUCUGUGGCUCCUGCUUUGCUGCUUCGGAGGAAGAUUUUUCUAACAGAUCAGGAUGACCCACUCUUCUUUGGGUUAUACCUCUGCCACAUACCAUUAAAUUAUGAGCAGCCCCUGCCUCCAGUCGCCAAGUCCGCCCCCCUGACUGAAGUUACUCCAGCUAAGAAAAUAACCUUCUACAGAAGCGGGCACCCUCAGCAAAGUGGAGUAAAGAUGGCUGUAAACAAACGGGUCUUCAAGACCUUUGACGCCCUGCUAGAUGACCUCUCUCAGAGGGUAUCUCUUCCAUUUUGUGUCCGCACUGUCACAACCCCUCGCGGGGUUCACAGCAUCAGUACGCUCGAGCAGUUGGAAGAUGGAGGUUCUUAUCUGUGUUCUGAUAAAAAGAGCAUCAAGCAAGCCAACGCGAAUGCCGCUGUGAGAAAGCCAGCUUCACAGCAGGGCCCUCGACCAACAAGUGCCCGGCGACGUGCCAUCCUGAUGGCAAGGCAAGACGAAGACCAUUCACAUCACAUCCAUAAAGGACCCAAGAAAAUCACAAUGAUAAAAAACGGAGAUGCUGACAUUCAUCACUCCAUCAUCCUGAAUAAGAGGAAUGCACAGAACUUCAGAAAUUUCCUUGAUGAAAUUUCAGAGCUCAUGCAAUAUAAUGUGAGAAAACUUUACACAGUGGAAGGAAGAAAAAUCGACAACCUGCAGGCCCUUUUCCAUUGUCCUAGUGUGCUGGUGUGUGUUGGACAUGAACCGUUUAAACCAGUUACAUACGAAAACCUCAGAAGGAAUCCAUCUGAAAAGCUGCCAGGUCUGUCUAUGCGAUCCCGUGCCAGUAUUGCCAGUGAAUCAUUUGACAGCAAGAAAAAUGCUAAUUUUGGAUUGGAAGCAAAGAAGAGUGUAAUUCAUCCCAGAUCACCAUCUAGGUCACCUAGAAUUUCAUUGUCAUCGCAUAAAUCCUAUCCUAACGGCUUGAACAUGUCAUCAGGAAACAGCGGCUAUGCUUCAUUUAUGGACUCAUGCCCACAUGAGAAAAAUGGGGAAUUUGCUACUGCCCUGAUAGAUGAUGAUAUUGAGAAAAAAGUUCAUGUUAACAAGGAUGGGAGUCUCUCUGUGGAAAUGAAGGUUCGCUUUCGUUUGCUUAAUGACGAGACACUUCAGUGGUCCACACAGAUCAGGAGAUCUAGUUUACCAAGAAAAAGCAGUUGUGACCGCUUAUGCUUCUUGGAAGAUCAGGUCAUGGAAAAGGCCGAGCAAAUGAACCCUAAUAAUGGUUCUGAGGUGGAUGAACCAUUCUGUUCAUGUGAUGCUGACGACUCCUACAUCUCAAAGCUCAAUGACGCAGAACAUGCAGAAAACCUCUGUCAGAAUUGCUGCAACCAAUGUCAAGAAUACGACAUUUGGAAAAAUCCAAUUUAUGUUGAAAAGUCUAAAGGCGAGGAGACUCAUAAUGUCACUCGGGCUCGUUCUUCUUGCUCAACGACUUCAUCCUGCAGGAGAAUCACUCAGAAAAAAGAGUCUAUCGAAAGCUUGCGGACAACAUCCAGUGAGGAAUAUACACAGCACAUCGUACAGGAGGCAGUGUGCUACUCGAAGACUGCGGAAAACGGAGAUGACAACAGAGUGAAAUACUGCUCUCUAAGGCGCUGCAGUUGUCAAAACAGUAGCACUGUUUCUGCUUCUGAUAUGGGAAAGAAUCAUGAAAGCAGAGAAUCUACUUCCAGUAGCCACAGGGCUUCAUCACGACCUUCCACAGGCCGCAGCCACCAGAACAAUGCAGUUUCUCAGGAACUCACCGACAAGCAGACAUUUGUUAAUGUUUCACCAAGCCCCUCUACAGCUAAUUCAAAGAAGAAUUCUGCAAUUAAAUCAACAGAUGUAAGAGCACCAUCACCCACCAGCUCAAUGCCUUCACAAAACACUGAGAGUACUGCAGAGGAAUACAGGCCAGUAAGUCAGACCUCUAAAUCCUCUGCAGGUAGCAAGCAAACCAAAGAUGAGAAAAGUUCAGAAGAAAGAGCUCACAGUGUGACUUCAAGCUGUUCAAGUCACUCAGCUAAAUGUAGCGACCAAUCUGUUGGGAACAACCAUUUAUCUCCAAGACCAAUAAGCGCUGCAUCAAGCUGCCCCAGCCAGACGAGCAGAAAGGCAAGCGCUAUGGACAACAUGCAGGAUGCUGAGGAGGUCCGUUCCAUCAUGUCCAGCUAUUCCCACAACCAUGACAAGAAUCUGCAAGAAGCAACACCUGAAUGUGACAGGCCAAAGAGUAAAAUGUCAUUGUCUUCAGGAAGAUCCAACACAGACAAACAAGAAAAGCAAGAUGUCAGCGAAUCCGAAAACCAAUCCAGGCCAGGGUCCUCCUUUUCUGGAUUGCAAGGCAGCCAUCCUGAAUUGCAUGUCCAAGACAGUGAUAAUAAUGCCAGGCCAAUAAGCAGCGUCUCCCAUUUAUCUAAACAUUUCAAACAAAGCAAGCAAGGUAAAGUUAAAAUGGAUUCAGAUGUUGACAGCUCAUCAUCUGUUAUCUUGUUCUCAUCAGUGUCCUCGGCACCACAGAACACGGCACCUUCACUGGCUCCAGAAGAAGAAGCGAGACCCUAUAGUAAUGCUUCAUGUUCAGAAAUUUCGAACGGAAAGAAUAAAGUGAAGCUGACAGUUCAGCAGCCGUCGGGCUCCACUUUCUCUGAACCACUAUCACUGAAUGGAAACAAAGAGCUCAAUGUUGCAAACUCUGACAACGAAAGCAUAAGACCCUCAAGCUCUGAAUCAGGGAGUUGUUGUAACUCUAAAAGAAAUAAAAGCAGAAUGACCAAAUCAGAAGCGGAAUCCAGGCCUUCUACGCCUGCCUCUAGUAAUUCCAAAGCAGAUCCAAACCUUUGUGCAGAGAAACAAGCAAAUGAUCAGGACCAAAGACCAAUGUGUAGUCCAUCAAGGCUGUUGGAAUUUGUACAAGUGGAAAACAAUGUUAAAAUGGAGUCCAAGGGAAGUGACAAAGCUAGUAGCAUUUGCUAUAGUGUUUCUAAAGCAUCUAAAGCCAAAAUUAAAAGCAAACAAGUUAAAGAUGAGUCCGAAGAAACAAAUGCAGCAAAGGUGGAGCUUUCUUCGGCUACAGUGGUUGAAGAUGCAGCAGUAUCAGUUAUAGACUCUGCUUCUGAUCAAAGUACACGCCAGCCGUCUCCUCCAAAAGGAAAGCCUGGAGCUAAAAAUGGAAGGCAGCUUUUAAAGAGCUCUAGUCAGAAGUCUAGAAGCAGCAUAGGUACUUGCUCAAUAGUUCCUGGAGAAAUAACAGGUGAAAAGCCUCCAGAGUCCAAGCUAAAUGUAUUGAGGUCUAAAUCUAAUUUAAGUGAAAAGAGUAACGAUCUAAAUUCACACAAAGCUGAUGAAAACAUAAACAAUAAAAGUGUCAGGGAGAAAACAAGCGAAAGAGGCAGCAAGAAAUCAAAGUGUAAGCACGGCCAUCAAAUCAAAAAGGACCAUGAUGAAAAUCACACAAGUACUGAUGCCUGUGAGAAGAAUGACUUUAUACCUUCUGAGCUGCCAAAUGCAUCACUUGAAGAGGUGGUCCACACAUGGCUGCAAAAAAUUCCAUCGGAAAACUUGCUUGUGACAUAUGAGGAAUUCAAAGAAGGGCAUGAGAAGCCUGCAACCAACGUGACCCCAGAGGGAACCAAAGCUGAAGUAGAAGAGGCGACUACAACACUAGACGAGUCUAAACAGGAGACAAUAGCAGGUGAAUCGGAGCCAACAGAGAAAAAUGACUUGGAGGCAGCAAAGCUGGAAGACAGUGGCAGUCUAAAUGCAGACAAUAAUGAUACUAUGGAAGGCAGUGUCAAAGACGUUGUGGAAACAUCACAAGCAGAGCCAGUUAAUUCUGGCCUGAGUGUAACAGCAAAACCCAACAAUCCACAAAAUAGAGAUUUACCAAAUAAUGCACAUUCCUCCAUUCAGAUUAUGAAGGUCCUUCUUUUUACUAGGCAGGGUGCAAAAUUGGAUAGGUCAAACAGUUUGCCAGAAUUAAGUCCUGAACUUGAAAAAAAACUAAGCAAGUCAGCUAAAUCAUUACUGACAUGUCUUGGAAAUCUGCACCUUUUUGAUGAAGAAUCAUUACAUUCUAAAGAUAAAUCCCCAAAUUCUAAUAAUUCGAGAUACGAAGAACUUUUGGGUAUUCUCCGAUCACUCUGGCUCACUGGCAUUGCUGAAGGUGAUGAAAACGAGGCCCUUCAUAUGGCAGGGAAUCACUCAAAGCCUUUUAAAGUCCACAACUCAGUAGACAAAGACAUCACACCAAUGUCUUCCUCUGGAGUAGAUGUCAGUAGUGGAUCAGGGGGUUCAGGAGAAGACAGCAUCGGUGGGACAGUCAAUACCUCUUUAUCAACAGAGAAAAUAAAAUGUGAUUUAGCUAUAAAAACAUGUACCAUCAUGAAUGAGAACUCAACAAAGAUUAAACAACCUCACUCAGUCAAAACCUCAUCAGAUGAGAAGGACGAACAGUAUUCAACAUCAACAAGAAUGUCGAACGUAUGCUGUAGAAAACAAAAGUUAAGAAGUUGUGAGAGUUCACAGUACCAAUCACAAGAAAGUAACAUUGGAAAUAGAUCAGAAACACGGCAGUUAGAUGCAGUAUCCUCCAGUCCUGUGACACCAGAUAUAGCAUAUCGUGUUCAGUGGAGCAGUGGUGGGAAAAGCAUUAAUAAUUAUGAUCCAGAUGAAAAUACAUACAGUGACACUGCUGAAAAGCCUCAAGAUACAAUACAAAAUAUAAAGGACCAAACUGAUCCAAGUACAGAUGUGGUGCAAACAUCUGAUAGGGAAAGUUGCAGCAUCCAAGAAACAAUCCAUCAAUCUGAAACAACAAACCACAAUAGGCCAGAAGAUGUAGAAGAUCUUGAGGAACAGAAAAGCGUGGAUAAUAAAAUAACGGAAGAAUGUAAUAAUGUUGAUGUAACAGAGUCUCCAGAACAAAUAAGUAAAGAUAAGGAAUGUACUGUCCAAAAUCGAGCAGAAGAGAAAGGGUGUGUGCCACCACAAAAGAUUUCACCAGAUCCUGAGCCAGCCUGGGUAAUGAAGUUACUCCAAAAAAUUGAAAAGCAAUUUAUUGCUCAUUACGUCGAUGCAAUGAAUGAUUUCAAGAUUAAGUGGAACUUAGAAAAUAAUGACACUUUAGAUCAGAUGAUUGCCGAUUUAAGAGAAGAAGUUAGCAGGAGGAUCCAGGCAAGCAUUAAAAAGGAAUUAAGGAAAGUGCAAGGUAGAUCAGGCAAAAAGGUGCCAAGGCCUCCACAGGAUCAAAUUAGACGUGAAUCAUCUGAGCAAACAGAUCAAAGAAGAAGACGACUAAGGGCUAUGUAUAAACAAUCUAACUGUGAUGAUAACAAAAUGAACAAUGCUCCAGCUGAUGCAAACAAAAAGAACAAUUAUGAACAAAACGAUACAGAUCUCAAUGAACAACUUAGCAGUGAUGAAUUCUGUCCCUGUGAGAGCUGCGCGGAGAAAAGCAAGGCUUCUAAACCUGAAAUCAACCCAGUGCAAUCAUUCGCUCCUGUAGUUAAAUAUUUUGAUCUGCGAGAGAUCCUUAAAUUGAAUAAAGCUAGUAAGAAUGUUGAAAAAAAUGGCAGCGACACCAGUGAAUUGUUGGAUAGAGUGAGUAAUAAGCAGGAAAUUGCUGAGCGUGAGUCCAUUGGAUCUGUUCAAAACAAAGACAACACAGAGCUUAAAUCAGAGGAUGGAGAUAACAUGGAAGUGAAAACUGAGGAUGAAGAAAACAUGGAGGAUAAAAUGGAGGAGAAAGAGAAUGUAGAGGAUAAAACAGAGGAUGAAGAGAAUGUAGAAGUGAAAACAGAAGGAGAGGAUGCAAAUGAUAAAACAGAAGAUGGAAAGAAUGUAGAGGAAACAGAGGAUGAAGAAAAUGCAGAAGUGAAAACAGAGGAUGCAGGUCAAGAUGAUGAAUCUGUGACUGAGAAUCAGGAAAACAUUAAUAAUGAAACUGAAAGCCAUGGAUCAGAUGAAACAUCACACCAGGAUGAAGCAGAAGAAACAAAAGGUGACCUUGAUAAAAAUAGUAAUUUGCAGGAUAUUGAUGAAGAGCAAAAUCUAGUGGAAAAAUGUGAAGAUGAACUAGAAAGUCCGAGUGGAGAAAGUGAAGGUUCAGUGAAUAUAAAAUCAGAUGAUGCCAAAGAACCAACUGAAGAUAGAAAGAGCAAUAUUUGCAAAAAUGAAUUGCAACAGCAAGAGGAUGGUGAUAAUUCAGAAGGAAUUUCUAAAUGCAGUGAAUGUAAAGCUGACAAUAUGAAGCAUACUACAGAAGAAUGUACUACUACACCUGAGGCAAAUGGAGAACAAGAGAAUCAGAAUGAAGAUAAUAAUCCAUUAUUGGAAGACGACUCGGAUACUAUUGAUAGGGACAAUUCACAAGACAAUGUGAAAGAGACCACAGACAGCAAUGUUAGUGCAGAAAAUUUGGAUGAAGUCUCAGAAUUGUCUGAUGAACAUUUAGAGUCCGAUUUUGUUAAGAACCAAAAUGAAGAGGAAGUAGAGGAGGUUGGUGUGGAUGGAAAGAUAACCACCGAACACACUACAUCACCUGAUAUUAGCUGUCAAGUGCAGGCUGCUGAGGUGCAGCAAGUUUCGGCAAUGGAAGCUCCUGAUGGAGAUUGCGUUCAAAUGAAAAGUGGAGAAGGCGCAAGUAGUACCUCAGAUAAAACAGUGCCCAGAGCUACUCAAAUGUACCCGGAAAGCUCAUCAGAUGAUGAUAGAGAAACUAUAUGUAACAGCCCUGAAGAACCUGCACAUCAGAAAGAUGGUGAGGACACAGAAUCAGAUAAACAAGUUUCUCCAGUGAACAAGUCAAAGCAGCCUGUGAAUGAAGAGUUUGAUGCGGAAGAUCUGGACUUUUAAGUAUUCGAAAUGGUGAUUGAUGACAAUGAAUCAUUUCAAGUUGUUUAUGUUUUAACACCGUUAGUGUAGUAAAUAAAUAAUUGAUAUCCUUGUUUCAGCUUUAGGCAGUAUGUGCUUGCACUGGAAGGGGGAAGGGUGCCCGGUAAAACAAUGUAACCUUUUCUUUGCAGCAUUUUAAAACUUGUGAAAUUUAAAAAAUAGAUGUAAUUUUAGCACAAUGG